UUGUGAUUUAACACAGUUUCUAAUCAGUAUCCUGGCAUCUGUAAGUGUACUCGGACGUGUGUGGCGCUCGAACUAGUUGAACAUAAAUUAUUUGUGCUCGUCGCCCCUUGGCCCAAAAAGUUUUCUGAUGAUUUCGUGUUGGUUGCUGGCAUUGCCUUUGGCAGUAAGCGGGAUUUUCCUAUCAAAUCUCAACAGCUCCUGUCUCCGUUGUAUGUGCGAAGCUUCCACUGGAUGCGGUGGACAAGUUACAGAGUGCAGACAAACAUAUUGCGGUCCGUUUUCUAUUUCACGGGCUUACUGGAUGGAUGCUGGUCAGGUUGUGCUGCCGCACGACACGCCAACACGCUGGGGUGCAUUUGAAGACUGUGCAAAUGACUACAACUGUGCUACUGACAUCAUCAAUCAGUACAUGGAGAAGUACGGCACGGACUGUAACAACGAUGGAGUAGUCGAUUGUGUCGACUACACUAUGCUGCACAUCAACGGUGGCCCACUGUGUCACCAGCCGUUACGGGGAGCCUUUGCUAACAGCUUCUCAAAGUGUAUGCGCAACGCGAUCCGUAAAUUAUAAGUUUGGCUACUGAGUGCAAUGUAGCUUCUGGAUAUAUUAAAAUUGGUUCAACAUUGUUUAGCAGGAGUUUGAAUAUUCGGAUGCGUACAGUGUUUUUUUAAAUAAAGAAAUCUUCUCUAACUAUUUAUUCGGAACUAUUACAUCUCCGAUGGGAACUUGUAGCAAAGAGUAAAUUUAAACAGUUAAUAAAACAAGAAUCGAGUGAAGCGUCAGCGAAACAAAACAUCAUCAUUAUCAUCCCAGAUCAAGAGUUCAAGUGCCUGUGAUUAUUAAUAGCUUCAUAGUUCAUACUAAGUUUCA